AUGUCGACGUCCUUUGGCCACACCCUCCUGUCUGUGUUUGACGUUUGGGACGACUCACUAGCAUUCCUUUGCGAAAUCCUAGAGUCCGGCGAAGCGCCAUACGAUGAAUUUCAACUUCUCUUUGACCAGAGCCUGGCCGGCGGCGCACAAGACUGGCAUUAUCUGAUCGACUGUGCACGGUCAAUGCGAUGCAUGCAAGAUCACGAUCCCGAGAGCCUUGACGGUGGCGACAUUCUUACUUCUGUUUGGAAGAUACUGAAUGGGUUCAAUGGAGGGUCAUCGGCUGCUGAGCCUUGGGGAGAGACUGAUCGCCUGAUUGCGCUCGCCAAAGACUUGGAGAGACGUGUUGAGAUUUUACCACCCGUGUUUGCGGCCUCGCAACAAGAUCAGGAGACUACAUCUUCAAGAAGACUGCGCGCCCAAAAACUGCGAUCAGGAAUAACAUCUCAUUACUGGGUUGAGAGGCUUUCGACCCAAAGCGGCAGCAUAAAGACCGAACAGAGCACGCGUUUGGAUCGCUCUGUACCUGGAUCCGGCUAUCGCCAAUGCAGCCAAGCACGAUUGCACGAGGAGGCCAUCCAUCUGGGCGCGAGCACUGCCAAACCGUCAAGAAACAGGCUCUCUAGUAAAUCACCUUACUUCCAGCAGCAAUCGCCAGCAAAACGGAGUCCCUCAAGGAAGCGGCCGCCGGCAGGCACCAUCUCAUGCAUCUCGUUUCCCCCUCUCGAUUCACCGUCAUUUGGCAUCAUUCAAGAGGAGCUGGCUCAUGACCCGUUUUGGUUACUCAUCGCCAUCACGUUUCUGAUAAAAACGAAUGGAAAAGUAGCCCUACCUGCCUUUCGAAGGGUCAGAGAGCGAUUUCCUACGCCGGCUGAGUUAUUAGAUCCGUCCGUCGAAGGAGAGCUCCUCGACAUGAUACGCCACCUCGGUCUUCCCAACGUACGGCUAGCGUAUAUCCAAAGAUAUGCAAAGGCAUUUAUACAAGAUCCCCCAAAGGCUGGCGUACGGCACAGAGUGAGAAACUACGACAAACGCGCCGUCAGUCCUCUGUGGAGAGAUGCCAGCAGCGGCGACUCGGAAGAUCCGGAGAGAUCGCAUCCACUAUCCGAUGGCGGCAGCCAGGAUCUCGAAACGUGGGAGAUCGGGCACAUGACUCAGGGCAAGUAUGCCAUUGACAGCUGGCGCAUAUUUUGUCGCGACGAGUUGCUGGGUCGAGCCGAGGACUGGAACGGGAAGGGCCGGGAACCCGAGUUUCAACCUGAAUGGAUGAGAGUGAGGCCGGCCGACAAAGAGCUGCGAGCGUGUCUGCGCUGGAUGUGGAUGCGUGAAGGCUGGGAAUGGGAUCCGGCGACGGGAGAGCGCACGGUAUUGAGGGAGGAGAUGCAAAGGGCUGUGAAUGAAGGGAGGGUUGAGUAUGAUGAUAUUGGAGCACUCAGAAUUUUGCCCGGGCCGAGUGAUGGGAAUGAUGUGAAGAUGACAUGAAGAAAGCUGGAGGAAACUGAUGGUAAGUAUAUAAGC